CGUCCAGCCAUUCCAGUGAGGCUGUGGCUGCGGCUAACAGACCUGCGAAGUCAGAGUGCAAAGUGCGCAGAUGCUGCACUCCCCCACCCACUGGACCACCCGGACCACCUACUUCCCCCCUUUCUAGAGCCACCUUUCUACCGGCACAAAUACCACUACUCCUUGGCUAGCCGCAGCUUCCCUUUCCAGAUCUAAGAGCAAGCGAGAGAGCAAGAGGAGCGGAGAGAGCGCGGAGAGAGUAGGCGCACCACGAAGGAAGUUCUCGAUGCCUGGAAGCUGCAGCCCGAAAAUUGUCCUGUUAGUACGGGAAAACUAUUGACAGGCGAAAGGCCGAAUGGCUCAAGUUCAACUGAAUGGAGGCAAUGCCUCCCAGAGCAACGGAAACAACGUAGAGGAUAAUGAACCCUACCAAAUAAGUGAUGAUGACUUGGAGGACUUGGAUGAUGAUUGUCUGCUGGAAGAGGCGGAUACCUCGGGAGCCAAUAGUCUAGGGCGUGGUCCCUACGAGCGAGCUUGGACCACAGAGGCCACUAGAGCAUUGAUCCACAUUCGUGGUCCCAUGGAGGGAAGCUUCACAGAGGGCAGACAAAAAAGGACCGCUCUCUGGUUGCACUGCACCCGGCAACUGCAACGUUUGGGAUUUCGAUACUCCGCCGCCAAGGUGCAGAAAAAGUGGCACAACAUCCUCAUCACCUACAAUAAGAAUUUGAGCAAGAAAUACGUAUCCGGCUACGUACACUGGGAGUUCUUCGAAGAGAUGUUCAAGUAUUUGCAGGGAAAGAAGGCCGACUUUGAUUUGCAACUACCCCAGCAAUCCUUAACAGUGGCACCGGCUCCAACAACUAAUGGACAAAACCAAACCCAAGGACUUCCCCAGCAAACUAUUCAACUUCAACCCACUCCCGUUAACAUAAAACCCGGAACCCCGCAAAUGCAGCAGCAAAUUCCAACCCAGAGUAGUGCUAAGGAGGGUCAACCAUAUAUCACGCCCGUAGAUCAGGUCCUGCUGCAGGCUCAGAUGAAUCUGGACAGCAAGUCCAACGAUGAGUUCGAUGAGGAUAGCAAUAGCAUGUCGGAGGUGCGCCAACCUAAGAUGGAGUACGAUGGCGAUCAAGUGGCGGAGGCGGAACGCACCAGCGAUUGUAGUCAGCAUUUGGAGUCCAAUGGCAAGCUCUACGAUCUGGCACGACCUAUGGGCUCAGUCCCUGGCAUCCCCGAUGACAUCUGGUGGAAGGACUACUUCGAACGCAAACUGGAGGUGGAGCGGGAGAAGAUGGAACUUCAGCGGAGUUUGCAGCGCGAACAGGUGCAGAUCCAGAAAAUGUCUCUCGUGCAGCAGGAACGAAUCGAGCGGAUGAAGAUCGAUGCCAUCAACAGCCUGACGGCCACGCUGCAGAAACUCGUGGAGGCCAAGUGCCGUAGGGCCUAAGUCAAAUCUGUUCCUAAUCCCAAUCCCUUCCAGAAACUCUCGAUAACUUUAGGCUUCUAUUUAUAUGUAUCUAGUUGUGUGUGUAAAUACAAUUUCGGCCAACUA